GGCCUUGCAGGGCAGGGUUCCACUGCAUUCAAGCAGCAGCUGUCCCCAACCCCACUGAUGGAAUCACAGGAGACCUCUGUCCUCCAGGCCACUUUUGUCCCAAAGGCAGCCCCAGACCCACUCCAUGCCCUCCAGGCUCUCUCCUGCCCAUCCCUGGGGCCAUGUCUCAGGAGGAUUGCCAGCCAUGCCCAGGUGGCUGGUUCUGCUCCAGGGCUGGCCUGAGCUUCCCAGAAGCCCCAUGCAAAGGAGGCUGGUUCUGCCCCAGGGCCUCUGUCUCUGGGCACAGUCCAGGGACUCUCUGCCCUGUUGGGCACUCGUGCCCCCCAGGCAGCCUGGAACCCCAGCUCUGCCCCCCAGGGCAGUAUCAGGAUGAACCGGGACAGAGCCUCUGCAAGAUAUGCCUGGCUGGAAAGUUCUGUUCCUUCAGGAUCCAGAGACCAGGCACCAGGCCUACUUGGCCAGUGAACUGUCCUCCUGGCUACUACUGCCCUUUGGGUACCUGGAGCCCCACCCAGCACCCAUGUCCCAGGGGCACCUUCCGAGAAUGGCCUGGCGCACGCAGUGCUAAGGAUUGUAGGCCUUGUCCUGCAGGACAGUUCUGCUCAGAUUCAGGGUCCGGAAAACCCUUCCCAGAUGGGUUAUGCUCACCAGGUUAUUAUUGUCCUCCUGGCCAGACUUCAGCCACCCCUACAUCUUUCCGGUGCCCCCGUGGCUUCUACUGUCCAGAGGGAUCUCCCCAGCCAAGGGCCUGCGAGAACGGAACAUUCCAGCCCCAGGAGGCCAAGGGGUCUUGUGAGCCAUGCCCUGCAGGAUUCUACUGUGAAGCCUCAGGCACAGGUCCCAUGGCUGGUGGCCCCAACCUGUGCCUCCAGGGCUACUUCUGUCCCCCCGGCUCCCAUUCAGCCACGGCCAACCCGUGCCCUCGGGGGACAUUUGGGCCCAGGCGAGGGGCCAGUGCAGAGCUGGACUGUGAGUUGUGCCCAGCAGGGAUGUUCUGCUCAUCAGAAGGGCUGUCCCAGCCAUCAGGGCUCUGCCACGUGGCCUACUACUGCACAGGAGGAGCAGUGUCUCCCACCCCCCUCAGACACAAGGUGGAGGCCCCGGGACUUUCUGGGAAUGACAUCUGCCCACCUGGCUUCUUCUGUCCCAGGGGAACAGGCUUCCCAGUGCCAUGCCUGCCUGGGUUUUACUCCUCUGCUCCAGGCCUGGCCAGUGAGGACCAGUGCCUGCCGGGCCCCCCAGGGCACUACUGCAGCCAUCCUGGGCUGUCCCAUGCCAUGGAGGCAGAGCUCUGCGAUGCAGGGUACAUCUACCUGGGAGGAAGUGCUGUGCCCUCACCUUCUGACGGAACCCAUGGCUACAGAUGUCCCCCUGGCUCCCACUGUCCCCCAGGGGCUCAGAGCGAGCAGCCCUGUGAGCCUGGCACUUUCAGCCCGUUGCCUGGGGCUGACACCUGCCUGCCCUGUCCAGGGGGCACCUACUGCCAAAAGGCUGCUACUGUGAAACCCACCACCUGCCCCAAAGGUCACUAUUGCCCAGGAGGGACAUCCUCCGCUCUUCCCUGCCCUGAGGGAACCCUGAACCCACGGGAAGGUGCUCUCUCUCCUAGGGCCUGCCAGCCCUGUCCUGCAGGGAGGUAUUGCCCUGGGGAGGGCAACGGGCAGACUGAAGGACCCUGCUCAGCUGGUUACUACUGUGAGGGGGGAGCUGCCAGCCCCACUCCCCAGAGAAAAUCUGCCUUUCCCCUCAAUGGACCUUGCCCCCAAGGCCACUACUGCACCCAGGGGACUCUGUACCCUGUGCCCUGCCCCAUGGGGACAACAAGGAGCAGCCCAGGUGAGCAUCUGCCCUGUGUUUCCCAUCCCCUCCCAGCUAUGGGUCCCUCCUCCUUCAAACUCCCAACUUUAACACCCUAGACACAAACAGCACAAUGGGAACAUCUGUUUGUCACGGUCUUUGGGGUUCCCACUGGGGUGGACUUGAGUCUGUGGGAAGGCUUGUGCCUGCGAGUUGAUGUUAGGGCUUCUUGUCCCCGG